CUUGGCAGUUGCCGCAACGGAGCGUAAAAUCCUAGGAAAGAACGAAACACACGAAGAAAAGACUUUUGCUUUGAUUCUUCUGCUACAGUCGCUUUUGGUAUUAGGGCAGAGAGAGAACGCGACACAGAACAGUGAAAAAAAAAAAAGAAAAAAAAAAGAUUAGAUAGAUUAUCAAUCAAUCAUUCUAAUGGGAAGGCUAUUUAUUGAGUCGCUGAAUGGAGCGAAGAUCUUCAAGUGCAAGUUUUGCAAGGUUGACACUGCAUCCCACGAUGACAUCGUUUCCAAGGAUUUUCAGGGUCGCUUUGGCCGAGCCUACCUCUUCCGAAACGUGGUAAACAUAUCACUUGGGCCGAGCGAAGAGCGGAACCUCACCAGCGGCCUGCAUACCGUAAAUGACAUCUACUGCAGCUCCUGCCAACAGAUUCUGGGCUGGAGAUAUGAGAAGGCUUUUGAACCUAGCCAAAAAUAUAAAGAAGGGAUGUUCAUUCUUGAGAAGGAACGGAUGCUAAAGGACGGUUGGUAACGCUCCACAUGAGGCAUAUGAGAAAGGGAGUUACACCAGGGGCCAUUUUUCAUCAAUUCUGUAUAUGUAAAAAUAGAUUAUGCAAGGAGACAAUAUGGCAAUUUCGUUUGUUGCCUUGCUUUGCAUUUUUAAGGAUUUAUCAUUGACUUUGCUACUACAUCUGUAGAAUAUUUAAAUUUUAUGUCAUCAUUUGGUAAA